AAUUAACUAUACGCAUGUACUUUAAUUAAUAACUUUGGUCUAGGGUUAUAGACUUUUAUUGGUAUAGAGGAAAAAAAUGGCAAAAGAGAAAAUUCGUAAACCCCCAAAUUAUAUAUCAUCAGUUCAUGGAUAGAAGAAUUAUAUAAUUUUUUUUUUUCUUACAUCUUUUUUGUUAUUGGCUCCUGAUUUCAUAAAUUUAGGGUUUCCAAGAAUUCUUCAUUUCUCUCUUGCCGACUCUUCCCAAAGACUCUCUCUCUCCCAACUCUAUCCUGUUCUUUCUCUUAGAGGCACAAAUCAAUCAAAAGCAUACAGCAAAACAAAGGGGGAGAUAAUGGUGAGGGGAAAGACAGAGAUGAAGAGGAUAGAAAACGCGACGAGCAGGCAAGUGACUUUCUCCAAGAGAAGAAAUGGACUUUUGAAGAAAGCUUUUGAAUUAUCAGUCCUUUGUGAUGCUGAAGUUGCCCUAAUCAUCUUCUCUCCUAGAGGCAAACUCUAUGAAUUCUCUAGCUCAUCCAGUAUACCAAAAACAGUAGAACGAUAUCAAAAGCGGAUACAAGAUCUCGGGUCUAACCAUAAGAGAGAUGAUAACUCACAGCAGUCGAAGGAUGAAACCUAUGCCUUGGCGAGAAAGAUCGAACAUUUGGAGAUUUCGACACGAAAAAUGCUGGGAGAAGGACUUGACGCAUCUUCUAUAGAAGAGUUACAACAAUUGGAGAACCAGUUGGACAGAAGCUUAAUGAAAAUAAGAGCCAAAAAGUAUCAAUUAUUACGCGAAGAAAUUGAGAAGUUAAAAGAAAAGGAGAGAAACCUCAUUGCACAAAAUAAAAUGCUGAUGGAGAAGUAUGAGAUGCAAGGAAGAGGAAUAAUAGCAAGAACAUCCUCAGAACUGGACAUAGAUAACAAUGAUGAUAUGGAAGUGGUGACUGAUUUGUUCAUUGGACCUCCUGAGACUCGACACUCCAAAAAGUUUUCUCCUCCAAACUAACACAUAGUACAUGUUUAUAUAUUUAUCAAAGAUAUUAUCAACUUAAGAUAUUAUGUAGGGAAAGUCUUUUUCCCUGGAAGAAAAAUUGAUGUUGCUUAUUGUAUUUAGCUUUGGUUUUUUUUCUUCUUUUGUAUCCUCUAACAACUUUGAAAUCCUAAAAUAAUUUCUUGUUUAAUUUAA